AAAUUAUUCUCGGGCGAAACUGGUUUAAAAAAACCGCAUGCGUACUCGGAAUCAGAAUUGAUUGGUAAUCAAACCCGUAAAACGCCGUGCAUAGUUUAUUGCGGCGUAAAUCCGCAAAUGGCAAAUGUAAGAUUCCGAAAUUAAUACUGGCUUCAGAUAAUAUACCUAAUCUUUUCAUUGUCUAAAACUGUUAAGAAAUGUUGCAUGUUUCCAUGGAAACAUGAAACGUGCACAUUGCAACUAUUUCAGUGUGUGGAAGAGUGGACUUGACCAAACAUAAACGCCGGAUUGACAGAACGAGAUUGUUUCGCAUUUCGAAGAAACCGGGUGUGACAAUUGAUACUUUGACGAAAUAUUUCUCAGUAUUUAUUGAAUGAAAUCCAGUGUCACGUGAAUUCUACUUUCGGGCUGUUUCACGAAAUUAGAAAGGUUUCUUUUGAAAAAAUAUACGUACCACAUAUGCGUAUGUUUGGACUGUUUGUAUUGUUUUGUUUAUAUUUAGGAUCUAUAUUCGAUCCAAGUAAACAAACUUGAACCGUGCUUAUUACAUAUUUGGAGAAACCUGUGCCAUAUUCAAGCAAUAUGCGAUUAUAAACAUCGCUUACAACAUUGAAGUAAGAACGCAAGGGUUCAUAGGUUAUAAAGAUACGUGCGUGCUAUCGUGUUGUUGUCGCUAUUGACAACAGCCAAACGUCACGAAAUUGUUAAUGUAAAAUACAUUGGUUAAACUAAACAUGCAUUGGCUUCAAGCAGCAAACAUACGCGAAGAAAUGCCAUUGGGUCAAAUAAGACAAAAUAAUUUCAUGAAUACAAAUGACAGUGUGAACCCUAGUACGACUUGCCCUUCACCUCCGAAUCAUAACAUUAAUUUACCAUUGGGUCAUCCAUAUAUUUUGAAUAACAACCGUGGUGUACCUCCUUCUUACGAGGAAGCUAUAGAUCCAAAUGCUCCUCCACCAUCCUAUGAUACAUUGUUUGGUCGUAUGAGAGAAGCGCGUAGGGUCUCCAAAGGAGUGUUUGAUUUUCUGAAAAAUAUUAUCAUCCUGCUUUUAGGAACUAUUGGAUGUACCAUUAUCAUAGGAGUAACACUAGUAAUUCCAGUAUGUAUGAUAGUCAUAGGAGGAGUUUACCUUAAUGAUUGCCCACAAGGAGAAUAUAUUCCUAUAUAUUUAUUAGUGGGUGGUGCAUUCGGUGUUUUUAAACAGUUGUUACAUUUGUUGGCAACGGGUGGCCGACAUCAUGAAGAAGACGAAGAAAGAAUACAACAGUCGCAUACACAAAUGUUAAUCAACUGUUUUAUGACUGUUUGGUUCAUCAUAGGGUCGAUGUGGGUGUACAAGGAAUACGAACCAAAUUAUGAUCCAGCUCAAGGAAAAUAUUGUAAUAAAACAUUAUAUUUAUUUGCCUUUUGGCAAAUCACGUCGUCAUACAUAUUUUUGGGAGUAUUAACGGCUGGUGUUUGUAGUGUUGGCUUAGUGACUAUCCUUUUUCAAAGGCCAUGACUGACCUAAUGUGAGAAAUCAUCAUCUUGUUUCAAUGCGAGAAAUAGUCAUUCGAUGAUUUAUUAUUUUGGGAACAAAACAACAAGUUAGUUGUUAUCUUGGAAGAAUAGCUGUGGAUACGAAUGACGUAACAGGGCACAAAAAUUCGUCCACGCUUAUGUACCUGAGAUAAUCGAACAACAAUCUGCGAACGAAUGGUUUGCACGUGGAAUAUGCGUUCAAAUUUUGUAAUUCGAUGCUUUGGAAUCAUUCAUAGUAACUUCAUGGUUCUUGGUUUUUCAAGAUUUUCACGUCGUAUUAUACUAUAAUAUGGGUACAAAUCGUCUGUUAACAUAGCAAAUUGGAAGGAAACAAUGCUAAUCGAUUCAUGGCUAUAAAUAUUUCGCAACAAUUGCGAAAUUUUGAUUAAUAUUGUGCCAAGGGAUAGGAGAGUUGUAGAUAUUUCAUACGAUGCGUAUGAUAUGUUUACUUGAGUAGACUCUCAGGAUAUGUGAAGAUUUUAAUGCUAGAGUGUUGUCGAACACUAUGAUACAUAUAACAAAUUCUACCCGUCAACCAUUCUACCAUCGCGAAUCUCGAUCACGUCUAAUGGCAGCUGGUUAACAGGUUCUUACAAGUGAACGAUUUACUCACUCGUAUAGAUAGCUCACCGUUAAAAGACUACAUACUAUCGCAACACAUCCACACACAUUUUCUAUUCUUUUGUCCUCUCCCGCCGUUCUUUCAAACCUUUCGACUUCCAUUGAGCCUUUAUGUCAAUGUCGUCGAAUAACAAUUUUAUACUCGGUCUAAAGGGUAAACUGUAUUAAGCUCUUGGUCUAAAACGAAAAGGACGAGUCGGACACGUCGUAUACUCGACUACGACACGGUUCCAAACUCCCAAAGUAAAUGGCAGGGCUGAAACACACGCGGCUCUCUAGCAUUUCAAAUAAUAUUCAAAUGCCAGUAUUUAUUAGUAUUAUCUGAGAUUACAAUUUUUUAACAAACUGUCGAUGUCGUGUCCAAUUGGUAUUUAGACACAGUGGAGGAUAACUUAAUACAAAGACGAUGUAUAUCGUUUCUUCCACUUUCAUACAUCUUUAUCUACUUUUCAACGAGAUUUUUCGUCUUCCUAUUAAGUCCAGAUCAACAACUGUAAAUACUCUAAAACCCCGUUUUUAUUUGUUGCCAAUUCAAUGUAACACGAACAUUUUUGUCGAUGUUAUUUUCAAUAAGAUCUACGCGUGUUUGUAAAAUAAGUCCUUAACAUUGUAAAAGUGUGGCAUUGGCACAUACACACAUUUAUUACUAUAAUUUUCGAAAUAAAUUGCUUAAAACGA